CGGGACUUCCGGGGAGGGGCCGCCAAGAUGGCGGCGCCCGUGUCGGUGCUGGUGGAGUUCGGAGGUGGAGCCGAACUCCUGUUUGACGGCGUGAAGAAGCACCUGGUGACCUUGCCCAGCCAGGCAGAGCCCUGGGACAUCCGGCACCUCCUCGUUUGGAUCCAAAACAACCUGCUGAAAGAGCGACCCGAGCUGUUCAUCCAGGGAGACAGUGUGCGGCCGGGAAUCCUGGUGCUGAUCAACGACGCCGACUGGGAGCUUCUGGGUGAGCUGGACUACCAAUUGAAGGACCAGGACAACAUUAUCUUCAUCUCGACCUUACACGGUGGUUAAGAUCCCUGAAAGCCCAGAGACAGAAACUCUCAAGUUGGGGGAUCAAAAUUU